UGUUUGUACGCAAAGAGAGGAUGGAUUCGAUUGGUGAUUUCGUUCUGGUUAUUGUGCAUUCAUUGGCCCACAUUAAGGUGGAUGACCUCACAGAUGAUGCCAACCCAUUGUUCCUGCGGCAGUUUUAUAAGGCCCUAAAGGUCGUCUGUCAAGACAUGUUCUUCUCCAGAACUCACAACAAGCCUUCAACAGCCUCUCUGAUUGGCACAGGUUCGACCAAUAACAGGGCUGCUCUUGAAGAGGCUCUCAGAGGAGUGAAGAGCCCGGAUGUAAAACAGAAUGUGAUUGGUGAAUUGGUGGACCUCAAAGUGGAUGGACCAACCAGAACAGACUUCUCAACUCAGGUCAUGUCAGAGCGUCUCCAAGGCUUCGAGAACUUCACGGGCAAUGCACGUCUGCGUCAGUACCUGGCAUCAAAGGGAGGCUACCUGGCUUCCUCAAACUUUCUUGGGGACCGUCUCCGGGAACUGAAGGGACUCAAGGCAGAAGUUCCAAAAAGACCAGCGCCGAUUGGUCGCCCUGCCCUUCCUCUCCAUGCCCCUAAGGAUGUGAUUGACAGCCAGUUAGUAGAGCUGCAGACAGAGUGGGAUAACAUGUCAGAUCACCUGGCACAGGUUUUACUGCAAGAGUCUCAGUUGAAAGAAGCCACAAAGAAGCUGGCAGCUGAGGGGUACCCACAAAUGGACAAACUGAACUCCGCCCGCGAGAAAUUAAUAUCCGUGUCACUCAGGAAGGAAGACCUGAUGAAACGAUUGGCCGACACAGAGGUCAAGAUCUCAAAGAAAGAGGCUGAACUCAAGCAUAAAAAGUAAUGGCCUUGAUAUGUGUCCUUGACCUUGCACAUGUGUAGACCAGUGACCUUGGUAUGACCUUGAGAUGUUUCAACAUUUGAAACUAGAUCUAUUUGACUGUUUUGUUUUCUUUGAGUAUAUUUUGAAAAUGUGAAUACAUAUACAUUGACCUAAGCACGCCAUGAAGAAUUUCUUCUCAAGUUUGUAUUUCAUGUGCUUUAAUAUGCAAAUUGUGUAAAGGAUGCCUGAUAAAUUUCCAUGAUGUAUAUGUGUACAUUAUCACAAAUUUUGUGAUGUACUUGUGAAUUCAAUUUGUGUACAGUUGUUGAAAUGUAUACUGUUAUUAUUCAAUUCAAGUAUUGCACAGAGUUUUAUAAAAAUUGUAUUUUUUUCCACAUUUUUAUUGAGGUUUCUACUCCCUGUAUUGACCUGUGAUAUGUGUUAUAUAUUUAUGUUCAUAUAUUUAGUAUAUGAAUAUGACUUGCAUAUACAUUUAAGCUUUCACUUUUUUAUAUGUAGAUUGCAAUUUGCUUUAUUGAAUUGCUUUUGAGAAAUUAUACUUUACAUUAAAGUUACCAUUUUUUGCAAUAUCUUCCGUCCACGGAUUGUCAUGGAAACAGAAUCCUAAAGUAGCUUCUCACGAUUGUUGUAUAACAUAGACAUUUUGUAACUUAAAUGGGUAUUUAUACUUGCACUUCAUGUUUACGGCUAGGAUAAGCAAGGACAAAUUACAGGAUUUUUUCUUUAUUUUGUAUGAUUGGUGUUAUCGUAGAACAAAUUAAUUAGAUUAUAGGC